CAAAGUUUUUCAUUAGUUUUAAAGGAAAGGGUAGAUUCAGAGUCGAGACUUAAGGCUUAAUGUAUAAGCUAUUAUAUGGGUAGUGUAUUGAAUACACUAUAACAUACGAGAGUUAUUUUAAGUCUGCUCAAUUUUAUGAUCCUAAAAAUCUGUGGGCGAAAAAGCUCGCUUCAUUAUCGCUGUUGUGGAUAUUGGAAUAAAAAUGUAAGAAAGGUCGUCCCAAGGAGAUAAGAUAGGAGGGAAUUACAAGUUAUAACUUUAUUCAUCAUUUGUGUCUGGAUUGAUGAAAAUUGUCUGGAAGAUGUUGGAAAGAAACAAUUAAAAGAAAAGGCUGUUUUAGUUGUAGUUAGUAUUUAGUAAGAAAUUCAUGAAGAAUUGAUUUGAUUAGCCGCUACAACUAUGACAAUAAUUAAUUCUGCGCGUGACAUGGAGCUCCGGCGGGACGACACGGCUGCGGCCGUGCGCCGCCUCGAGCUGCAGCAUGCUGAGCAUCGAGAUGCCACGCUCUAUCGGUUCGAAAAAGGCUCAUAUUUACAAUUUAACCCCGGGCCGACUCUAAUGGGCCGCAAAGUCUACUUGUACACCAACUACGUGGUCACGGACCAAACAGGGGAAAAGGACGAGCAUAUCGCCUUCGACCGCAAGCAGUACUAUUGCCUGGAAUGGGUUCGAGCCGGUCAGACGAAGAAGACGAGCGAAACGGCCGAGCUCGAGCGGCUGGGAUGCGGGCUGCUGGUCACCGACACCGAUGCUUACUGCGAGCUGCGUCUCGAGCGAGCCGGAUCGUUCCACUAUUACUUCGUCUACGACACGCCAGAGUCCCGCGUGGGGCCACAGGGCUCCGGCUGGUUCGGGGUGACUCCGAGCCUCAGGGCCGGCGACUGCACUUUGCCGCUAGACUCGCUCAUGUGCCAGACGGUGCUGGCCAAGUGCCUCGGCCCUAUCUCGCGUUGGGAGCGGACGCUGCGAGUGGGCCGCGAGGCCGGGUACAACGUCUUUCAUUUGACGCCCGUGCAGGAGUUGGGCGCAUCGGGCUCGAGCUACAGCAUCGCCGACCAGCUGAAGCUGAACCCGCUCUUCGACGAUCCGGACACGGGCCGCCGCGCUACAUUCUCGGACGUCGAGAACCUCGUUGCCAAAAUUCACAACGAAUGGAACUCUCUCGUCAUUUGCGACGUAGUGCUGAACCACACGGCCAACGAGACGCCGUGGCUUUUGGAGCACCCCGAGGCGACGUACAACUGCCAGAACUGUCCGCACUUGAGGCCGGCGGCGUUGCUCGACGCGGCGUUCGCGAGGGUGUCGGCCCGGGUGGGGGCCGGACUGCUCGAGCCUCGCGUGCCCCGCGAGGUGGCCGAGCCGGCGCACGUCGACGCCGCUCGCGCCGCUCUCGAGGAGGAGGCGGCCGCUCUGCGGUUGCCGGAGCUCUUCCAGUGCGACGUCGACGCGCUCGAGCGCCGUUUUCUGGAGCUGGCGCGCACCCGCGUUCCGGCGCCACACGCCGCCGACGCCAAUCUUAAGCUGACGCCGGACCCGCAGCGGCGGCGCCUCGCCGCCACCGUCGACCUCGAGCUGGCGCUGCAGUUGUUCAACACGCACCGCGUCGACUGUCCGGACGAGGAGGCGCGAAUGGCCCGCUGCGCGGCCGCCUUUCGCGCCCGACUGCUAGAGCUCAACGCCGACGCCGCGGCCAUCGCGCUGGACCAUCUGCGAGCCGCCGUCGACAACUGCGCGGCCGCGAUGCGUUACGAGCGGCUUCAGAGUGACGGACCCAGGCUGCGGGAGGUGUCCGCUCGUCAUCCGCUGGUGCCGCCCUAUUUCACGCUCCCAGAGACGAUCGAAGACGCGAAGGCCGUCGAGAUGGACGUCUACGGCGAAUCGGGCCGAUCGGUGAUGGCGCACAACGGGUGGGUGAUGGGUGCCGACCCGCUCCGAGACUUUGCGGCUCGGGCGGCGGACGGCCGCGUGUAUCUGCGCCGGGAGCUGGUCGCGUGGGGAGACAGCGUCAAGCUGCGUUACGGCGAGAGGCCCGAGGACAGCGCCUGGCUGUGGGCGCACAUGCGCGAGUACGUGCGGCUCACGGCGCGCCUGUUUGACGGGCUGCGUCUCGACAAUUGCCACUCGACGCCGCUUCACGUGGCCGAGUGGAUGGUGGACGAGGCGCGCGCCGAGCGUCCCGACCUGUACGUGCUCGCCGAGCUGUUCACCAACUCGGCCGCCGUCGACAACAUCUUCGUCAACCGCCUCGGCAUCACGUCUCUGGUGCGCGAGGCGCAGAGCGCUUGGGACGCGCACGAGCUGGGACGCCUCGUCUACCGCUACGGCGGCCGCCCCGCCGGCGCCUUCCUGCCGCCGCCGCACGGCGAGCCCGCCGCCGCCGCACCGGCCGUGGCGCACGCCAUGCUCCUGGACCAGACGCACGACAACCCGAGCCCCGUGGUCAAGCGCUCGCUGUUCGACCUGCUGCCGUGCGCCGCGCUGGUCGCCUUCGCCUCUUGCGCCACGGGCUCCACUCGCGGCUACGACGAACUCGUCCCGCACCAGGUGCACGUCGUGGACGAAGCGAGGCUGUACAGGGCCUGGGGAGAGUCGGACGAGUGGCCCGAGGGCCCCGAGGGCACCGUGGGGCCCGGCCGGGGACUGGCCGAGGCGCGCGCGGCGCUCAACGCGCUGCAUCGGCAACUCGCCGUCGAAGGAUACACCGAGGUGUUCGUGGAUCAAAUGGACCCCGACGUGGUGGCCGUGACCCGCCACCAUCCCACGUCGCGCAAGUCCGUCAUCCUCGUUGCUCACACUGCCUUCGCCGCCCCCGACCCCGCGGCUGCCCCGCGCCGUCCGAGGCCCCUGCGCUUCGAGGGCCAGCUCACCGAGGUGGCGCUGGAGGCCAGUCUGCGCCACGGGAGCGGCCGCCCGUUCGAACCUCCGGGGGCUCGUGAGCCUCACCCGCGGUUCAUUCACGGCCUCAACGAGUACGUCGCCGACGUGCGCCCCCCGGGGCCGCUCGCCGCGUCGGCGUUCCUCUCGGGGGAGCGGCGCGAAGGCGCCUUCACGGAGCUGGAGUGGCGCGGUCUGCCACCCGGCGCAGUGAUCGCGGUGAGGGUCGCGCCCGACGGCCGUCAGGCGGCCGCGCUCGCCGCACUUCAUCGCACGGUGCGCGCCCAGCCGGACGCGGCGCCCGACCCUCUGCAGCUCGCGGCGCCGCUCGCCGAGUUGUCACUGGCCGAUUUCAACACGCUGCUGUACUGCUGCGACGCCGAGGAGAGGGAGCGCCGCGGCGCCGGCGUCUACGAGGUGCCCGGGCACGGGCCGCUGGUCUACGCCGGCCUGCAGGGCGCGACGGCGGCGCUGGAGCCGCUGCUGCGAGACGACGACCUCGGGCACCCGUUGUGCGACAACCUGCGCGCCGGCGACUGGCUGGCGGAGUACCAGUGGCGCCGCAUCGAGGGCGACGCGCGACUGACGACGGUGGCGGCGCGGUACCGGGACGCGCUGCGGCCGCUGAGCGAGCUGCCACGCUUCCUGGUGCCGGCCUACUUCGCGGGCGUCGUCGCGGCUCUGUACUCGGCGGUGCGAGCCGCGGCCCUGUCGCGUCUGCGGCUGCCGCACCCGGGUCGCUUCGCGGAAGACCUCGCGCUCACGAGCGUGCAGCUUACCGCUGCGAUGCCGUCGGCCCCUCUGCCCAUGGAAGGCGCCUCCGCCCCCGAGCGCGCUUCUCUAUCGGCGGGACUGCCCCAUUUCUCCGUUGGCUAUAUGCGCUGCUGGGGACGCGACACCUUCAUCUCGCUGCGGGGCCUGUACUUGCUGACGGGGCGCUUCGCCGAAGCUCGCGCGCACAUUCUGGCCUUCGCCGCCUGUCUGCGACACGGCCUCAUCCCCAACCUGUUGGACGGGGGCCGCAACGCGCGCUUCAACUGCCGCGACGCCGUGUGGUGGUGGCUUCACAGCAUCCAGCAGUACUGCCGCGAGGCACCGCAAGGCUCCGCGAUACUCGCCGAGCGCGUCGUCCGCCUCUUUCCGGCACCGGACGCGCCCGUCGAGCAGCCGCUGCAUGACGUCAUGCAGGAAGCGCUCGACACGCACUUCCAGGGCCUCGCGUUCCGGGAGCGCAACGCCGGCCGCCAGAUUGACGCGCACAUGACCGACCGGGGCUUCAACGUGCAGAUCGGCGUCGACCCGGAGACCGGAUUCCCGUUCGGCGGCAACGACGCCAACUGCGGGACCUGGAUGGACAAGAUGGGCUCCUCCGAGCGGGCCGGCACUCGAGGACGGCCCGCCACGCCCCGCGACGGCAGCGCCGUCGAGCUGGUGGCGCUCGCGUACGGCGCCGCCUCGUGGCUGGCGACGCAGCACCGCGCCGCGCGCUAUCCCUACCCGGGCGUGGCGCGACGCCACCGCGACGGCACGCUCACGGCCUGGACCUUCGCUCAGUGGGCCGAGCGCAUCCGCCGCUCCUUCGAGCGCCACUUCUGGGUGCCGACGACGCCCUCCGCGGCCGACGCGCGCCCCGACCUCGUGCACCGGCGGGGCAUCUACAAGGACUCGCACGGCGCCUCGCAGCCCUGGGCCGACUACCAGUUACGCUGCAACUUCCCCGUUGCGAUGGCGGUGGCGCCCGACCUGUUCGACCCGAAGCGCGCGUGGCUCGCUCUGGAUGCCGUCGAGCGUCUGCUUCUCGGCCCGCUCGGGGUGAAGACGCUGGACCCCGCCGACUGGGCCUACCGCCCCGACUACCGCAACGACGACGACUCCGCCGACCCUAGCGUCGCCCACGGCUUCAACUACCACCAGGGCCCCGAGUGGGUGUGGCCGAUCGGCGCCUACCUGCGGGCGCGACUCGCCUUCGCGCCCGACAACGGCGCCCACGCCCGCACGGUCGCCGCCGUGUACGCGGCUCUCGGGCCGCACGCGGCCGAGGCGCGCGCCUCGCCUUGGCGGGGCCUGCCCGAGCUGACCGACGCCGGCGGUGCCCCCUGCCGGGACUCGUGUCGCACUCAGGCCUGGAGCUCCGCCUGCGUCCUCGAGGCCCUCCACGAAGCCGUCGGCGCGAGGCGAGCUCGGCCCCUGCCCUCCGACUGACGCACCGCGCCGCCGCCCGCCCGCCUCUACUCGGAGCCCUACGAGAGUCUCCGACCGCGCUCGGCCCUCCGCCGCUUCGUCGCUCGACGGCGACGCGCCGCCUCGAAGUCGGCCGCUCGGUUCUCGAAGGUGACGAGCGCCUUCGAGACGGUCGUCUACAGCGACCGCUACUUCGUGUACGGGCUUCCGUUGCGGACCGCGCCCGGGCCGAGGCGGCAUCACGUUCCGCUCGAGUCGAUUCUGCCACCGCGGAUCCCGCGAGCCUUCGCCGUGCUGUCGGACGCGUCGACGCCGCGGCUCCCUUCGCCGCGGGCCUUCUACGGCUCGCUGCGUCGACCCCGUCGCGACUCGCCGAAGGUGUUCGGACGCGACGUCGACGGGCGGUCCCCGACGGCGGAUGGCCGCCGGUGUGACCCGGGCUACCGGCGAGUCGGCUCACACGCGCCGCCUCCGCGGGCGCCGGCGGCGACUCGACGGCCGCGACUCCGUUCCCCUUCGCGUCCGGCGGAAGCGCCACCGGCGCCGAACGCGCUGCGUCCGGAGUUUGCGCUGUCCGACGACGAGGAUGAGGUCCCGUCGACCCGGAGCGGCGAGUCGGAGACCGAGGAGGUCGCCGGGUCGGAAUCGGAGACGGAAUGCGCGGCGUACGGGUCGGGCCCGGCCAUCGAAGCCGAGGAGGCUCCCCGGACGGAGCGAGAGGACCGGGCGGAGAGAGCGGAGAGAGCGGAGAAGGCGGAGGAGGUGGACGGCGAUGGAGGCGCGACGAGCUGCAACGGAGUGCGGGCGGCGUCGCGGGCGCUGGCAGCGUUGAGCGGCGCCUCGUACCUGUUGGCGCUGCUGGCCUUCUACUUCCUGAGCCUCGGCUGAGCUUCGGACGAUGUCGUCAGAUUCCUCUCUGCGUGCCAUAUGUUUUUCUUUUCUUCUCUUGAGCGUCGUGUCGUAUAGAACCGGUUCCAGUUUGACAUAUUCUGUCGGAGAUGUCGAAGGCUAACGAGACACGGACACACUUUUAACGCUUGUAUAGAUUUGUAUUUAUAUAUAAAUAAUCCCUUGUAUAUAAAUAAUCCCAGAUUUUAUACAAAACAUAUUUUCCGACUUCCUUGAGGCAGCUCAAAUUUAUAUAUUUAAGUCACAGAGUUACUAUAUUGUCGCCUGAAAACCGAAGCUUUAUUUUAUGUUUCUUUUAUUAUUAAAAAGAUUUUAAUAAAUGUAAGAAAAAAUUAUAAAUUAUACUGGAUACGAUCGAA